AUGGGAGAGGUAAAGCUUUUCAGGACAUGGUCAAGCUCCUUUGCACUAAGGAUUGUUUGGGCCUUGAAAAUGAAAGGUGUAGAGUAUGAGUCCAUAUAUGAAGAUCUUUCAAACAAGAGUUCUUUACUUCUCAAAUACAACCCUAUUCACAAGAAAGUCCCUGUGUUGUUGCACAAUGGAAUACCCAUAUGUGAGUCGCUUGUUAUCAUGGAGUACAUCGAUGAGAUGUGGAACGAAACGACUCGUUUAUCACCUGAAGAUCCGCUUGCCAAAGCCACCGCAAGAUUUUGGGGGAAGUUUAGUGACGAGCAGGCCUUACCACAAUUCUUCCAUUAUUGUAUGAGCCAUGGGAAAGAUCAAGUGGAAGCCAAACAGAAAACCUUGGAGAACCUAAAACUAUUAGAAGAACAUCUAAAGGGAAAGAAAUUCUUUGGUGGAGAAACAAUUGGAUUUCUAGAUCUUGUUUUCGGGUGGCUAGCUUAUUGUCCUGAUCUCAUGAAGAAGGCAGUUAAUCUAGAGCUUUUAGACGAAGAGACAUUCCCGAACAUAUGUACAUGGAAGGGACGAUUUUGUGACAUUCCGGUGAUCAAAGAAAACAUGCCCGAUGAAGAGGCUUUGAUCCUCUUGAUUCAUCAAAUGGCUAGUGCAACAAAAUGACCACUUAUGAAUAUCAAU